GCGAGAUAUAAAUAUUAUGUAGGAUGAGUUAUAUUUUUUAAGCUCCUACGAUAAAGCAACAGCAUGGUAAAGAAGAACUACUGGGUGCCCGCAAAGAUAAUCCGACCAGAAAGUGAGCUGGCCGAGAAAAAUGUCAGGCACAAUUCAUUUACACCAACUUACGAGCAGGAGGAGCCCCAAAUGGGCCUGAUUCUAUCGUGGCACUAUGGUCGACAGUGGCUGGAUGAGCGUAAUUCUCAUGAGAAGAAAACACAGAAAAAGAUAAAGAAAGCCGCCAACUUUAUUCCACCCGACUACAGCAGUUGGCUUGAGAAGCGCAGACUAAAUAAGACUAGACAACAACUGAUGCAGUCCUGA